GCAGAUUUUUGCAAAUAAGAUGCCUGGCUUGUUACCAUUGGACAUGGACUUUGAUGUAGCGGAGGAGGGUGAAAAUACAAAAGAAUUCAUUAAAAUUUAUUAAAAAAAUUAAUGCAAAUCCUUUACAAAUAUAAUGAGCAUACAAGAUGAAAGUUUUCCCUACGAUGAUUUGGAGAUGUCACAUAAUUCAGGUCAAAAACAUAUGGUUGGAGGGGUUGGAGACGGCAAUAUUGAAUGCGAUCAAAAGAAUGUGAAUACAGAAGAUGCCUACAAUGACGUUUCAACAUCUUCAUCGUCUCGUCAUCCCAAUGACUCAACACAUUCGUCCAACGAGGAUGCACCGGAAUCGGAGACAAGUGGAAAAACAAAUGCAAGUGAACCUCAAGAAAAUGAUAUGAAAAAGCAUGAACAUACUCGUAACAAUCAAAGUAAAUCGGUAUCUUAUCAGGACAUUCAUUCUGAAUAUACAAAACGUCGCUAUAAACAUGUGGAAAGCAAAGUUGGUCAAUAUAUAGCCAAUAUGAAAGCUCAAGAUGAGAAACGGCGCAAUUCUCAUAAAUUUCAAAGACAUCGUUCAAUGCCUGAAACUCUUAGUGGUCCCCGAUCUAUAGAAUCGGUACCCGAAUUACGCAAUUCAUCAAAGAGACGUGGCAUAUUGCGACACAGCACCAAUGAUUUGGAUGAUAUGCGUGACCAAGAAUCAGUUAUAAGCGAUCACGAUACUGAGAAUUUCGAUAAUAUAACAGCUACCACAUCAUCUUCGUCAAGGGAGUUGGGACAACAAGAUGCUGGCAUCUAUUUGGACAAACUUACCUAUGACCAACUACUAAGCGAUAAGGAACGAUGUGAGUACUUGGAAACAAAAAUGGAAGAGAAGAAGGCAGAAAAUUGGCGUCUUAAGCAAAAUCUGGAUACCAUGCGCAUUGAGUACACUUUGUGUAAGGACAAACUUAAACAAAUUAAUCAAAAUCAAAGAUUGUCCGGACAGUUUGGUAUAAUGGGAAAUGCUUUAGGGCGAUCUUCUCUGCAAAGUCUGUUCCAUCAACAGGAGACUGCAGAAAAGGGAACACAAACGGAAAAUAUGCUGACUCCUUCGCCAGUACCACCGCUGUUGAAUAGGCCAGAAAUGUUUGACACCCCUCUUACACUAGACUCCAAUAAUAAUUCGAUGGAUAAUGCUGCGGUGGGAGCGUUGGCGCCAGCGCCAAUUAAAGUAGCAAAAACCAUAGCCACCAUACAGCCAUUAUCCUUGAACUUUAGCACUAUAAUGGAACAGGACAAUAGCCGUGGUGAAUGUAGCAUCAAUAAUACCAUGUGUUUCCUCCGCCAACGUUCAAACUCCAUGGCAAAUCGUCAAAAAUCCACUCCCCUUGCUCUUGCCAUCAACAAUGCCUCCACUGUUAGCUCCAACAAAAACAACAGUUUAAUACGUAACUCUGAUUCUGCAAUUGAUAUCGAAGUCAUAGAAUCCCCACGCAAACAACGUCAAAGUCGUCGUGAAGAGUUCAUCUAUUAUGAGAAACAUCCGCAACAGCGUUUCAGCACAUUUCAGAAGAGCCGUCGUAACCCAGUUGCCAACAAUAGCCAGAGUGAAGCAGAGACUUCUUAUUCUGCAAUAGAGUUAACCAACUCCCAGCCUAGUUGUGAUGACAGUGGCGUAGGUGUUCCCAGAAAAUCCCAUAAACGCCAUAGUCUACGUGCUCGUAUGAUGCGAUUUUUUGGCGCAUGCACCAAAUGUGAAGAUACCAAUGUGUCUUUGGAUACUGUAGACAAUUCGCAACAAAGUUCAAUGUCGCAGAUUCCACUUUUGGAAAAAAGUAGGCCCAAUCUUCGAUAAAAUUUGGCUUAAAAAUAAGUUGUCUUGGGAAAUAGUUUUGUUUUUAUUUUAUUUGUGAUCUUUACUUAUGUCUGCUUGGAGUUUGAAAGACUUUUGUUAGGGAAAGUUUUUUUAAAACUUCAUUUAUCUGUGUAUGUGUAUGUUUCCCCUUCAGUUUUGAAACAUUUGAUUGUCUAGAAUCCAAACUAUGGUGUUGUCAUGGUUUAGUUAGCCAAAGCUUUUGUAACUUUUUAAGCUGUCUGCUACGCGUUAGUUGGUUUUGUUCUUGGCCCAAUUUUUUUUUUUAUUUAGCUUCAUUAUUAUAUCAAAUUUAUUAUUUUCUCAUAACAAAUUAAUAUAUAUAUUAUUUUUCAAAAAUAAAUUUUGUUUUGGCGCAAGCCUUACUCGAUA